UCGGCUUCUUUCAGACUUGGCGUAUCAUGUUCUCUCCACUGUAUGCAGUUGACGCUAUUUAGGCCUACAGGUGAAAACUGGCGAUAGGCUAUAAUGUUAUCCCAAAAAUAUGGACAAUGGCUUGCUUCCACAGGAGUGUCGCCGCUAACUCUGUCGACCAAACGCUUGCCUGACUGUGUCACGACUGGAUGCAAACUGAAUGUGUCUGUCUGUAACAUGCAGCUGCCGCCGGUCUGGUCUUCUGCCCGAAAGCGCAGGCAGGUGGGACAUACCAACCGCUUCCAACUGCGUGGCGUCACCGCGGUGGUCGCGGGCAGCGACCUGCUUGGACAAGCGCAGGUGGAGCGAUCAGUGCGUGCGGGCAUGAACGCGACCUUGAAGAGUAUCAGGACAGCCGAGUUUCCAGUCGGUGGUCAUGACGAUGCCCCCUGCUAUGAGUCGAUGCUGCCACAGAUCACGUCUCCGCAGGGCUCACCCGUGCCCGUCCACUCUAGACCCUGUUCCCUCUCCCCAGGUUCCCCCUCUGCUUUUAAACCUGUGGAGAAAUUCUACAUGGUGUCACGCCAGACUGUCAACUACAGUCAGCCAGAUGCAGUUCUGGAAUGCCUGGGCAGCCAAUGGGAGCUGCACCUGCCCUACCUGAUCAAGUCGUCCACGCUCACUCACCUGUACGCUAGCUGUCGCAAGCAGAGGCUGCCGUACCCACCCCCCGAGCCUGCAGGCAGUAAGAGUGGCGGCCGCAGGUGUGAAGGACCCCAUAGCAGGCCUCAGACUCAGCCCUCCCAGAGGAAAAGGAAGGAGAGGACAGCUCUGGAUCCUGUGUUCAUGCAACUUCCUGUCAAAGACCCGUCCAUAACCAAAGAGGUGCUGUCCUUUGCUCUCAGGACUCUGUACGCACCUGACACCUGUCCAGAGCAGUGGACUGAGGGGCUGUUGGCUGCUGCUAUCCACCUGGGCCUCCCCCCGCUGUUUGAGAGGUGUCUAUCAGAGAUGCGGAGCAGGAUCAGGCCAUCCACUGUGUGUGAGUUCCACAGUGUGGCAAGCAGGUAUAAGGAGGAGAGCUUGGUGAAAGACUGUGAAAAGUGGUUAGAGCGCCACCUGGUGUGUGAGUUAAGCAACAGCAUCUACCUGAAGUACCUGCCUUUGGAGCUGCUCCUGAAAACCCUCCAGUCUCCCAGGGUCUUCUCCCCCAGUGAGUAUCAGAUGUUUAGGACAGUGCUCUACUGGGUUUACCUGCAGUUUAACUUCGCCCUGCAAGUCUUACCCACACACUCACACAUCAUUGCCUUCUUCUCCAGCUGGCCGAGGGAGGGGGCUUUCUUGGAGCAGCCAGAGGGCCAGAGGUUCUCGAUCCUCUUCCAUUCUCUACGGCUCCACGGCAUCACAGACUGCCACCAUCUUGAGGAGAUGCAGAGGACGCAGAUCUUCCCUCAGUCGUGGCUCCUCCAUCUCUUCUCCACCCAUUAUUACACAAUGCUGAAAGGGGGGGAUAUGCCAGUGAGCAAUUUCUCCCAGCAGGCUGUACGCUUUGGGAUGGUCAUCGACAGGCAGGAAUCACAAUGCUGCUCUCAGACAGUUGCCCUCUGGGGAUUGUAUUUCCUUAUGAGUGUGGCCAGGAGAGAAUCAAAUACACACACUUUCAAUCUGCAGAGGCUGAAGCCGUGGGACUCCGAGCCUCCAUCCCGUGCCUGGCAGCGCCACCCUGUGAGCAUGAUGGCAGAGCGACUGGUCUGCUACCAGGUCAUUGUUCAGAGCCAAAAUGGCGACCAGUGGAUGGACUUCUGCUCUGGCCCCAUCCACCAUGAGUUUGGCCUAAAUAUGCCCUCUUCCCACAGUGAGGUCUUCAAGCUCUCGGGUCUGACCCUGCCUAUUCUCGUGACCUUUGCCCUUGCCUUACCGCCCUUGUGACCUCACGUUGCCACGCAGACACAACUCAGCUGAAGCUGUCAGAGGUGCAAUAAAUCUGCUCCCAAAGCCUCCUGUGCUGUUAUCACAGUGCAUCACAUAUUUCAUUUCAUGUCAUGUAUUUGUAUGGACAACACACACUCAUGAACAUUGCUGUAAAAUGU